UCCGCGAAAGUGACUCUAUUUUCGUGAUUCCGUCGCAUCGAAAUUCAAGUUUUUACUAUAUUUCUUGCGUUAUCUUUACACGUUUACUUAACUAUUAUGUAUCUUAAAAGUAGACAAGCUUGAACUAGACGUUUGUUCACCUACUGAAUAGUGCCUAAAUACCGAAACCAUGAACACUAGUCAAAGCUCGGACCAGGAUUCUGGACGGAAGCCCAGCCCGUUCGAUAACCUAAGCCGAGACGAUCUGGUGAAAAAGUGCAAAGGGCUGCUGGGAAUAGCACAAAAAGCGAAGCAAGCUAAAGAUGAGUGCCAAGAGGAGAACCGCCGCCUUAAGGAACAGCUUGGUCAUUUCGAAACACAGAAAAAUGCCGACAAGGAGUGCAUCAAGGCCAUGCAAGAGGUGGCCGACUCGUACAUGGACCAGAAGCUGCAAGCAACGAUGAAAGUGGACGAGCUAGAGAAGCAAAUGACGAAACUGAAAGCCCAGCUGGCAGAUGAAGUAUCCGCGCACGAACAGCAAACCAAAACGAUGCGCCUAGAGAUGGAUCAGUUAAAGGAAAAGCUUGCCCUGCUGGAACGGGAUGCUACAACCUGCUCAGCGGCACAGUUUGCCGAGCUGCGGGAGGAAAAUUCUAAUCUCGAAAAGGAACGAAUAGCACUCGAGCAGGAACUGAUCAAGCUCAAGGGCAGCCAAACUGUGCUGGGCGAUUCAUCCCCCACACCGCGGGAGGAAAAGUUGAUCCGCAAGCUAAAGCUGUACAAAGCAAAGGUGCAGGAAAUCAACGCAAAGCUGCUACUGCUAAAGUCCGACCGAAAGAUUCUACUGAAAACGGUCAAAGAGUACUCUGACCAGGUACCGAAGUGGCAGAAAGAUUUGGUAAACGCAUCAAACGUUUUGUUUGAGAAAAUACGCCUGCUCGAGCUGGAAAAGAGCAAUCUGGAAGAAAAGGUUGUGCAGCACGAGGAGCUACAGAUGGGGCUGCGCGAGAAGAACGAAGCUCUGGAACGUAAAGUGUCGGAACUAAUGCGUGAAAUCGAAAAUGGUUCGCUAGCUUCAAGGGAUCAAACUGACGACGGCAACACUGACGGAGAAAGUAACGAAACGCAAGUUGAAGAAUUGCGAGCGGAAAUAGAACGUUUGAACUCCUCGCUUGCUUCGAUGGAAGCGGAUAAACAGUCGGAACUGGCAGCGCAAGAAGCCAAAUUACAAACCGAUUCCGAAGAGAAGGAGAAUCUGCGCAAGGACCUUGAAGUAUGUAACCAGACUAUUGUUGAGUUGAAAGCAAAGAUUCAAGCACAGGAAGAAGUGCUAACGGAAAGCAUGGAAUCGCAAAGAAGCCUCAGUACACAGGUGGAUCAGUACAAACAACAAACCAGCGCAUUUGAGCAGCAAGAAAAGCAGCUACAAGAAGAACUUCAGAAGCAAACACAACAGUUUGAGCACCACGGUAAGGUACAGCAGACUUUGGAAGAACAUGUUGCGAGCCUAACCAGUAAGUUGAGCGAAAUGGAAAAGGAAAACCAUCGCCUGCAAGAAGCAUUAGAAUCGAUGUCGACUGAAGGUGAUGAAAAAUCGGUCGCACUACAGAAGCAGCUAAACGAAACUUCACAAACGCUGGCUGAUAUGGAGCGGGAAAAGGAAGGUUUGGCGAAGAAAAUCGUCUCGCUGGAAGGUGAACUACAGGCACAAGCCUCAAAGAUGGCAGAGGAAAACCAGCAGGUAAUGCAGAAGCUGAUAGUGGAAAAUCAAAAUCUGGAAGCACAACUGGCACAGCUGGCCGAAAAGCUGAAGGGUAGCAUUGGCAAGUUCAAACAAAGCCAGGAACGCUGCAAGCGCCUUGAGCAGGAAACCGAAUCCAGAAAGCUCGAACUGGAGGAACUUUUGACGGAAAAGACCCGCCUGCUAGAUGAGCUGCAAGAACAAAUCACCACCCUGUCGGAAAGUUGCGACCGGCUGAAGACGGAAAACGGCGAAUUGCUGUCCGAGUUGAAGGAGAUCAACGAAAUGCUGAAAGACCGUGGAGAGGUUAUAAACUUGCAGCUUUCCAAAAUAGCCGAACUUCAAGACAAGCUGUCCCGUGCCGAAACGUUCGAUAUGCAACCUUUGAAGCAACAGAUUGAACAGCUGCAAAGCACGGUCGCGGAAAAGGAGGCGGAAUUGGAGCGACAGCGCGAUGAGCUAGCGACCGCCAUCAAUCGCUCCAACGUUAGCUUCGAUGCGCAAAGUGACGUCAUGUCGACGUCAACGAUUUCGCGCGUCGAAGACGUGGCACGGUUGCGGGAGAUCGACGAAAGCUUCGAGGAGAAGUACAUUAAGCUUCGGUCGCUGGCGGUGAAGCUUAAAAAGAAGGUAGCCGAACAAACGGUGCUGUUGCAAAAGUAUGAAAAGGAGGCGUCAGCUGGUCCGAAUAGUGCCACCAUCGGACCAUCGACAUCGGAUUCAUCGGUACAAGCAAUGAAUAAAAAUGUGCAAACACUACAAUCGGAAAAUGAUCGUUUGCAAGACCAGCUCGACGGUAUGGCACAGGAGAUGGCAAAACUGCGCGCGGAACUGGAGCAAAAAUCGAUCGAACUGACCACGCUGGAGCAGGUGCAGAAAGACGUGGAAGGCACGAGCAAAGACCGAAGCGCUCUAGAAACCGCUAUCCGCGAGUAUCAAACACAGAUCCAAAACCUAAAGCGCGAAAAGGAAGCAUUCCAGCUGGCGAAGAAGGAAAUCGACGCCGAAAAUCAACGAUUGAAGUCCUCGCUGAAAGCAAAGGAAAAGGAAAUUGCCGAAGGGGCGGAACAGCAGAAGGAGCUACGCUCGGAGCUGGAGCGGUCCAAGCUGGCAGUGAAGAAGGCGAACGUGUUGACUCUUGAAAUGGAAGCGUACGAGCGCUCGUUGGCCGAGCUAAACACGAAGCUGGAGGCGAAGAAAACGUUGGUGAAAGAGCUGGAAGGCACGAUCGAUGUGCAGGAACGUACGAUGAAGAGUCUGAAGCAGCAGCUGACCAUACUGGAGGAAGGCUUGGAAGCGCAGCAAAAGCAUUCUCGCGAGCUCAAACAAGAGGUGGACGCGCAGCAAGGCAAACUGCGUCAAAGCGAACAUCAGCGCAUAGAGCUCAGCGAUCAGCUGGAGGAGCUGCGCGACGAGCACGAACGGUUGAAGCAGAAGGUUGAAAACAAUCGCGUCGAGCUGGAACAGAUAGCGGCAGACAAGGAAAAGACCUGUGGUUCGCUGGAAGUGGAAAAGAAUUCACUGCUCAAGCGCAACGUCGCCCUGGAAGGUGAGCUAAGCGAAUUAAGAAAGCAGCUUGCCGGCAAGCAGCAAGAGCUGGAUGAUGUGCGGACUGAAUUUGCGAGCUACAAAAUACGCGCCCAAUCCGUACUGCGCCAGAACCAGAACAAGGACAGCAGCCGCGAGAAGGAGCUGGAAGAGGAAGUGAGCCAACUGCAGCGUUCGCUGGAUGCGGCCGAGGGUAAGCAACAAGCGCUGGCCAAGCAAGUAAGCGACCUGUCGCGCAGCAAUGACGAGUUGAAAAAUGAACGAGACCGCACGCAGGCUCGGUGCAAGGAGCUGUUGGCAUUGCUUGAGGAAAACCGGCUGCACAUUGACUCGCUGAUGGAAGAAUCGCGCAAACAAAACUCGGAUCACCAGGAAGCCCUUAAAACGCAGCGCAUUCAGAAUGAAACGCUGGUCCAGUGCUACAAGAAGCAGCUCGAGGAGCAGCAGGAAAACCACUCCCGGGAAUUGCAACAGCUGCAGCAAUCCUUGCGCAGUCGGCCCGAGGCUACGCUGGACAGUUUAUCAUCGGUCGCCGGGCGUAGCACGCUGCUGAACAACAAUAAUCUGCAAAGCCCACUGCUAGGGCCGGGGGGAAGUGGUGCAAACCGUGCCACCUUCACCGAUGAACAGCGCAUCAAUCUGCUGCUAAUGGAACGGGAAGAUGGCGAAGGCUCGGAAAGCACCGGCUUGGGUGCGGCUGGCGCAACGGUUGGCACACUGCGCCGCAAGCUUUCUACCUCGUCCCGUCUCGGUCGUAGCGGUCGUGACGUGAUUCCGCUGGAUGAGCUGCUAAACACUUCAUUCGACGAUUCGGCAUCGGUUGCUAUGACGGAUGGGGAGCAUGAGCUGCAGCAGCACCAGGGCCUCCUGUUCGGUAGGGAUUCGUCGCCAACGGUCGAACUGCAGCACACGAAGGAGCAACUUAGCCAGCAAGAAAGCAGGGUACGCCAUUUGACUGCGGUGCUGGCGGAAGCGGAACAGGAUCUCGCCAAGCUAACACAGCUGAACGAGCUGCUGAAGGAGGAGGUCCGGCGGCAGCAGCGCUCGAUCGAGCGGGAGGCGCAUGUACACAAUUCGGAGUAUUUGAAAAAUGUGAUAUUCAAGUUUGUAACAUUAAGCAAUGGAGACGAACGGUCUAGGCUGGUGCCGGUUCUAAACACGAUACUUAAGCUUAGCCCGGAGGAGACACAAAAAUUGCAGAACGUUGCCAAAGGUUCUGAUCCUAGUGCCCGUGGAUGGACGGGUUUGUUGUGGAGUUAAAAGUGCAUCGAAUAUUAUGCCCCCAUCUGGUUCCAUUCCUGGUUUUAUAGUAGAAGAUUGUUAAACCUUUAUCCCGUACUUGUUAGAUAGUUCCUACGGCAGUUUGUACCCCUAUCCCCCCCACUGCCAAAUCGAUUGAAGCAUUUUUGCCUUUCGAUUAUCCCGUCCGAAUUUGGUAAAGUUUAAAGGGUGGAAAGAAACUGAUUGCAAUUUUAUUCCUAUAUUCUCACUCUUUAUCGGCAAUUGCACUGAACUCUAGAGAGCGUUUAGGAAUGAGCGGUUAUAAUAUGUUAUUAAUAUGGUUUUAAUUAAUUAUUGCAACUUACUACCUACGAACUAUGAACAUUUCUCUGCAUGCCGUAAUAUACCCAGAGUAUCCCGAUUCGAUUCCAAUUUCUAUAAAUGCAUUGUGUCCUUGGUAAAAUUAUGAGUUAACGUUUAUUGUAAUGUACGAUUUGGUUGUUAGCUCUUUAAUAUAGCUAGCUUUUGCACUCUGUUUGAAAUAAGGGCAGUUUAGGUAGAACAUUUCUUGAAGGUGCAAUAAAAACUAUACAAAACAGACAUUUAAAACAAAGAGGUACAGACGA